CCAAAAAAAUCAUAAAAAUAAAGAAAGUAUUUCACUUGCAGGCGAAUCAGCGUGCCCAUUUGAAUGUCUUUGUCCACAGUACUAUGGCAAGACGCGUUGUACAAAUGUUCUGGUCGUUAUUUCAACAAAUUUUAUUUUACCGUAUAGUAAAUUUCAUUUUCACUUACCUAGUAUUACCAUGAUUUUUUUACCUUUUCAAGUAUGAAAUAUAUCGACUCUUUAAAUUGCCUUUUACGGUAACUUCAGAGAGUGAAUAUAUACAGUGGGUCAAAUUUUUCAUAAUCAAAUGAAAAUGAUAUGUUGGAAACAAAAUUAAUGUUCCGCUAAAAUAAUAUUUGCUUUUAAAAUCCAGCAGUAAAUUUCAGACACCUGGACAACAUGCAAGGAAAUGGAGCAAAUUAAGGAAACUGAAUCUAGACCAUUUGAAAACUAAAACAAAAUAUUUAAAGAUGGAUUUCACGAUAAAAUAAUUUCAGUCUUUCUCAUUUCUUUUCAUCGUCAGGAAGUCACACUGCAGAGAGUUCAGUCGGAGAUUUAUGAUCGUACAAAACAAUACAGAAAGAGGUUCCUUGCUUUCAACUUCUUGGUAUGCGAUGGGUCGAGGUAAGUCUUCUCUUUUUAGCGAAUUGAGUUUCAAGCAAAAUCUAUCAAAUAUACUCUGUUAUUGCUUCACAGUUUGAUGAAUUCCCAAUAAUACAUAUUCUUAGUACAUCGGGUUUUAUUGUUGUGGCAAUCGUUUGAUUUGCGGUCUCUUUCAAACUCAAUUAGUUUUGCUCAAAGAGUGAUGAAUAUUCUUCAUGAAAUUAAAAAGAGCAGGACACACAAACGACCACGACUCGUAAGCGAUAAACUCGAGGAUGAGUUUCGUGUGUACAACAUAUAUGGAAAAAGAAUAAGGGAAAGAACGACCCUGAAAGAAAAACACUACAUAGAGUCAAAAAGUGAACAUCAUCUUCAGGGUACAUGAUCAUCGUGGAGAUAAAAAAAGUUUUGUUAUAUGGAUUCGUUCAGGUUAUUUUAUGCUAAGAUAAUUUUUGACUGUUUUUUAGUUUUAAAAAGACUUGUAAGAGAAUAUAUUUUCUUAAAAUUUUAAAAAGAAUUGUAGCAAAAAUAUCGUAUUUCGGUACAUAUUGUCUCAUAUACUCCAAAUCUCACCAUAGGUAUGUUGUGAAAAUUCAUAUAUUUGAAAAGCUCAUUAAGCUAUAGCGUAUGCUAUGAUUUAUGCAUUUAGAAUAAAGAAGAUUUUGGAAUAGAUAGCCAAACCUACCCUACAAUUGACUUACUCUGUUAAAUUGAUGAAUUACCCGAAUUUAACCUGAAUCAAAAUAAAUCCGACUCAUACAAUUGAAAAACCUAGUUUUGUCGGGUUUCAAAUCAAACCAACAACUUAACUAGUCCAAUCCCCCCCCCCCCCCCUUUUUUUGCAAAUCGCUCAUUUUUACAUCACGAUAAAAUCAUGUAAAUGGAAGAAAAUAUUGAUGAAAAUUGGUUCUUGUGUUUAGGGUUUAAUUUUCAUUUUCUAAAUAAAUAAAACUUUCAUCACAUAUAUUCUAAAGAGAACAGUUAAAUACAUAGCGGAAGUCUUUUAAAAAAACCCAUCAUAAUGUAGAUAAAAAAGAGAAUAGAACGAUGGUCAGCCUUAAUCGAACUAUCGAUGAUAAAAAAAAAAGUUGUGCUACCAUAUGAACAAUACGAGAGAUAGCAGGUUGGGUGCUGUUCUGGAAGAGAUUGGUCAUUACUUUCGUACUCAAUCUGGUUUUAGUGUGCGCUUUGUGGGUCGGGAGAACAAUAGGGUAGCUCAUUUGAUAGCUAGGAAAGCCCUUUCUUUGUUUCCGACUAUGAGUCGCUUUUUUUAUUUCCAGUCCUGGCUGGUUUCCAGGGUGUAACUAUCUAUUUUAUGAUCAAUACAUGAUAUCUUUUGAAAAAAAAAUCUAAAAUUAGCCACUUAAGUUGAUGAACAUUAAGUAAGUAUUGGUGGAGAUGAACCCAAAUAAAAUGGUGUAAUUUGAUUCUCAUAAUCUUUUUUGCUUAGUGAUACUAAUUGGAACACCAAUACGGGUAGAAAAACUCUCUGUUUUUUUCCAAGUGAUCGAACUGGAAUUGGAUUUUCUUGUAGUUUCGGCCAACAAAAUCGUAUUUCAUAUGUGACCUUUGUUCUACCAUAGCAAAUCCAAUGAAUCACAUCAACAGUCUCUGAAUAUGUUUCGAAAUGGUUUAAUGUCUCUACAUAAACAUCAUAACUAAACCUCCAAAUUCAUUGGAUCAAUGGGUUGUAUACACUAAUCACUUUACCCUUUUUUCCCAAUGCACGUAAUCAAACCAUCGUUGAUUGAUUAAUUUCAGAUGGGGAUGAAGCCACUUCAAAGAUGACCGCAGCACUUCUGGAAGAAGGAGGAAUGCAUGAAGUCCCAGUCGACUACUCCGAAGCCCUCUUCCUCGAGCCACAGCUCCGAGCCAUGGACGGCUUCCGCCGCCCCGCCGCCGACCACAUCCAAGUCAACUGCGGCUGCACCAGCAAGCGAUUCGGCGACUGCGUCGGCAUCCUCAAAGUCUACUCCUCCGGCCAGUUCCUCAUCACUUGCCACUGCAAUGCCUGCGACAGCUCCAAGCAAUUCACGCCGUACGAGUUCGAGAAGCACGCCAGGGGGCAGCAGGGGAACGGCAAGUGGAAGAGCCACAUUUGGGUGGCGGUGGACGGGAAAAAGGUGGCAAUGUGGAGGACCGAGCUGUACAAGUACUACAAGCACGCUGCGAACGGCGCGAGCGGGUGCGUGAGGCGGCAGUUCCAUCGCGACGAGUUCAUCCCCUGCUCCAGCUGCUGCAAGCAGCGCAGGUUCCGGCUUCGGACCAAGCAGCUCUGCAGGAUCCACCAUGAUGCCUUGCUCGCCAAGUCUACUUGGAAAUGUGCUGAUAGGCCGUAUGACAGGAUAACGUGCGGGGAUCCGGAUGAGAGGGGGAGCAGAAAGAAGUACAGAGGGUGUCCGAGGGCUUCAUACUGCAGAGGCUGCACAAUUUGUUCCUGCGUCGGCUGCCUCAUCUGCAGAUUCGUCGACUGUGGAUGUCGAAACUGCACCGAUUUCAUGCAGAAUGCCAACCCAUAGGCCAUAGCCACCCAUCCGGCCGUGCUCACAGUGAUCUGCUGCUGCUUGCUUAUUUAUUACCUGUGUCCUUAAUUAUCUUGAAGAACUAGCUAGUCAUGUUGGACAAAUACAGCCAACCAAUUGACAGAAGAACGGUACUAUUUAUGGGUUUUUGUUGUUGUUGUUGUUGUUGUCAAGAUCUUUGAGAAGACCAAGAGUAGAUUUUAAAUACUUUCAUCUUUCUAUACUUCCAAUGGUUGAUUUGGAGACAAUGGAAUAUGGUUGUCAUGCCGGUGGCAUGCCACCUGGUGUAACCUGUGCUGGUCAUGAAAUCGGUAUGACACCACCGGUAUGAUCGACCUAAUCAUUCUAAGUAAAAUGACAUCAUUUUAAUGAAUUUAAUGAAUAAAAAAAUUAAUUUAUUAUUUAUUUUAUGAAUGUAAUAGUUAAAAGUUGAUAUUUGUUGGAUUGUAACUAAAUUGUCCACAAAUAUGUUUUAUAUAUGAUUAGAUACAUUGGAUAUUAAUUGUUUUCACAUUUUUUAAAACCGACAUGAACCGGCACAAACUGGUUAUACCACCGGUCGUACCAUUUCACUUGCCAAACCUGCACAACGGUAUAAACCGGUUUGACAACCUUGCAAUGGAAGAUACUCUAGCUAGUUUCUUUUAUAAUGGUCUAUUGGCGGGAAACUAUAUUGGAAAAGAAAGCAGAGGUUAUAUUGGAGAUAGGGGGAUUUAAUACAUAGUUCCUCGUAAAAUUGUGCAUUCUACAUAUAAAAUUGUGCUGGAGAAAGCUGAAGGCUAGGGUUUCUGCUGGGACUCGGUUUCGAAUUUGUGGAAAACGAGUUCACUCGGUCCGCGCGGAAUUUUGAUUCGCGAGGGAACUUAAACUUUGAAGGGGCAACGAGCAAUGGGCUCGAGAAGAAGCCCAACUUCUGUAGGCCCAAACUGAUUGGGCUUUGCAUCUUGUCAAAUUAAUUUUUUCUACCCAAAAAAAACCCAAGUAAUUUAUAACUUAGGGUUGAGCAACGAUCAAGUCUACACCGGGAAUUGUACCAAAUAGACAUUUGAAAUGAAUAUAUUUUAAUUUUGUUUCCCAUCCUAUGAAAAGUGAACCAAAAUUGAAUUUGGACCGAAUCGAGUCGAACUAAAUGCACCAAAUAUGAUUUUGGUCUGAGUUUGAUCCUCAAUUUUUAUUUCAUUUUGGUCUGCCUUUAUCUAGAUGCGAUUGAUACUUGACUGAAUCGAUCAAUGUCCACCUUUACUUCUAAGCCGUUGGAAAAUUAUGUACACAAAUUUCAAACAAGAGAAUUAUAUUCGAAUUUACUCAACUCAUUCACUUUGAAAUUAAACAAACUUUUUUCUUGACCUCACAAAGCCAUGGUAAUUUUGUUACGAAACACACUAUCCAAAUCAAUUGUCAAAUUUUUUUGACAAACCCAUAUAUAUCUUGUACUUAAAUCGAUUGUCAACCAUCGAGUGGUUGUGAAAAUUCAAACAGAAAAACCUAUGUAUGAAUUAUCUCCCACACAAGUAAACCACUUUGCUUGGAGAAACAAUGUCAGGUUUUGCACAACAGAAACACUCCAUCCAAACCCUCAACUUUCCAUUUCGCAAGUCACUUGAAGCUUUCUCUCUGGCACCCUUUUGUGCUAAGUAAACCAUUGUUGCAAAAAGUGGCUUGAACAUCCGUUGACUAAUACACUGGAACAUGAACU